AAAAAUAACUUUGUAAAAUUGGUAAAAAUGCUCGCUUUAUUACUUCUAAAUAAUAUGACGGCGAAGCGUAGAGCUGCAAAACGGGUGCAGGCUGUGGAAAGGAGACCAGCUGUAAGGGAUCCAGAGGUGGCAUGCUGCAGGACUUGUCUUAACACCAACACUAAUGAUUUAAUGUCGAUUUUUCUUGACAAAGAAAGUGAGACGAAAAGAUCGCGCGAAUUAAAACUUGUGACUGGAUUGAAGAUAAGAAUGGAUGAUGGGCUCUCACAACAGAUUUGCACCCGAUGUGUAGAAACGAUGACUAUUGCGAUGCAGUUCCGAAGAACCAGUCGCAAGGCUGAGAAGGAACUACGGAGUUUAUUGUCAGUCUGCGAUCGCACCUGCACAGAAUCUAUAAGGAAAUCUGUAAAUCUUCAGCUCCGAAGGACUAUGAAAAGACCAAAGGUCGUCCCAAUGCCUCGAAGUAAAGUGACACCCAAUCCAAUGAAGAGUGCGAAAGUUGAGAAGGUGGAACUGAAUGAUUAUAGUUACGAAAUAUGUGGCGAGGAGUUCCAAAAUGAUGAUGAUGAUGAUGAUUAUUCAGCUGACGUUAAGCCGGAAACGAAUGAUGCUAACAAUGUGGCUGAGGAUUUGCAAGAACCACCAUCGCCGCCGAAGCAGAAACGCCUUCCAAACUGCUCGUCUUACAAGUGCGCGACGUGCAAUAAAGAAUUUCGUAUGAAGGCCACAUACAAAGCGCAUAUACGCUUUCACACCAACUUCUGUGUUUGUGAAGUAUGCGGAAAGAGAUGUCGCAACAAUAAUCAGUUACAGGAACAUAAGCGCGCAAGACAUGGUCUCUACAAAAUUCAUAAGUGCGCGUACUGUGAGUACAGCUCUGCCACUAAGGAGGCUCUUAUCAUUCACGAGCGCCGCCACACAGGCGAACGCCCCUACAUAUGUGAUCAUUGCGGCGCCACCUUCCACCGGAGAUCAAACCUGGUACAACACAUAGCAAUACAUCUCCCUGAAAACAACUUCCAGUGUGACAUGUGCCCGAAACGUCUGAAAUCGCGCAAGUUUCUACAAAUACACAAAUACAAUAUGCAUACUGGUAAACGGUACGGCUAUCUAUGCAGCAUAUGCGAGCAUCGCUUUGAGAAACCAAAUAAGGUACGAGCCCAUAUGCGAAGAGUUCAUGGCGCCGCUGAAGAACAAAUCGGACCUAUAGUUAGGGUACAAUUGUAGACUUUUAUGUGCCUAGGGUUAUUCGCAAUAUGGAAAUU